UUGUGAUAGUUAUCUCUGAAAUGACCAUUAAGAAGUAGAUGCCCGGAUACCAAGUGAUGAAACAGUCCAUUUGGUAUAAAGUAAGAUGCAGCUGUGGCUAUUCAACCAGAUUAGAACAAAAUUAUAUCUGUUUUUCUCAGAAGAGAAUUCUACAAGGUUAAGUCAGCAAACAAAAGAAACAUGGUAUUUUGAAAUAUGAUUAAACUCCUGAUGCAGCAGCAGAGGCUAAGAAUAUUCAUGGCCAGAUCUAGUGCUCACAUGGUCUUCUGAAGAAGCCAUGGGUAGCUGUUGUAGCUGUCCAGAUAAAGACACUGUCCCAGAUAACCAUCGGAACAAGUUUAAGGUCAUUAAUGUGGAUGAUGAUGGGAAUGAGUUAGGUUCUGGCAUAAUGGAACUUACAGACACAGAACUGAUUUUAUAUACCCGCAAACGUGACUCGGUAAAAUGGCACUACCUCUGCCUACGGCGCUAUGGCUAUGACUCAAAUCUCUUUUCUUUUGAAAGUGGUCGAAGGUGUCAAACUGGACAAGGAAUCUUUGCCUUUAAGUGUGCCCGUGCAGAAGAAUUAUUUAACAUGCUGCAAGAGAUUAUGCAAAAUAAUAGUAUAAAUGUGGUGGAAGAGCCAGUCGUAGAAAGGAAUAAUCAUCAGACAGAAUUGGAAGUUCCCAGAACACCUCGAACACCUACAACUCCGGGUUUCGCUGCUCAGAAUUUACCUAAUGGCUAUCCUCGAUAUCCCUCAUUUGGAGAUGCUUCAUCCCAUCCUUCAAGCAGACAUCCUUCUGUGGGAAGUGCCCGCUUGCCUUCAGUAGGUGAAGAAUCUACACACCCUUUGCUUGUGGCUGAGGAGCAAGUACAUACCUAUGUCAACACUACAGGUGUGCAAGAAGAGCGGAAAAACCGCACAAGUGUGCAUGUCCCAUUGGAGGCAAGGGUUUCUAAUGCUGAAAGCAACACACCAAAAGAAGAGCCAAGUAGUAUUGAGGACAGGGACCCUCAGAUUCUUCUUGAACCCGAAGGAGUCAAAUUUGUUUUAGGACCAACCCCAGUUCAAAAACAAUUAAUGGAAAAAGAGAAACUGGAGCAACUUGGAAGAGAUCAAGUUAGUGGAAGUGGUGCAAAUAACACAGAAUGGGACACUGGCUAUGACAGUGAUGAACGAAGAGAUGCACCCUCUGUUAACAAACUGGUGUAUGAAAAUAUAAAUGGGCUAUCUAUCCCUAGUGCCUCAGGGGUCAGGAGAGGUCGUCUGACAUCCACCAGUACCUCAGAUACCCAGAAUAUCAACAACUCAGCUCAGAGAAGAACUGCAUUAUUAAACUAUGAAAAUUUACCAUCUUUGCCUCCUGUUUGGGAAGCCCGCAAGCUAAGUAGGGAUGAAGAUGACAAUUUAGGACCAAAGACCCCAUCUCUAAAUGGCUACCACAAUAAUCUAGACCCAAUGCAUAACUAUGUAAAUACAGAGAAUGUAACCGUGCCGGCAAGUGCUCACAAAAUAGAAUAUUCAAGGCGUCGGGACUGUACACCAACAGUCUUUAACUUUGAUAUCAGACGCCCAAGCUUAGAACACAGGCAGCUCAAUUACAUACAAGUUGACUUGGAAGGUGGUAGUGACUCUGACAACCCUCAGACUCCGAAAACGCCUACCACUCCCCUUCCACAAACCCCUACCAGGCGCACAGAGCUGUAUGCUGUGAUAGACAUCGAGAGAACUGCUGCUAUGUCGAAUUUGCAGAAAGCGCUGCCACGAGACGAUGGUACAUCUAGGAAAACUAGACACAAUAGUACUGACCUGCCCAUGUGAGCCUGGAAGUCAUUAUGUUAUUUGCACCUUUGUGAAGUUUUUAAAAAUGAAGAUGCAAGUGCUUCAUUUUCAUUUCUAAACACUAACUCCUUUUAUAUAGACUGAUAAAAAAUUUUUUCUGAAUAUUUCAUGUGCAUCUUUAACUAAAGGGAAUUAAUGUAGAGCAGGUACUCCUUAAAGAACACUAAUUUCAUUAUAUACUACUCAUUAUUGUACAGCAGCAUUCCCAUUUUCACAGUGCCUAUUUAAAAUGAGAGUUGAAGUGAAUGACAUGCUGGUUGAAUUUUAUCAAUACUCUGGACUUAUACUUAUCUUUCAUGUCUAAGUCAUGGUUAGCAUUUAAAACUUUUUAUAAAGCCUCUUGAUAAUGUGCAUUGCUAACAGAUAACUCUAGGCUUUGAAAGUAAUAUUCGUAGAUUCACUGUUCACGGUAUGUGGCCUCCAGCAUGUGACGUGAGGAAUCCUUCAUUUCACAAAUUAAAGGCUUUUUGACUUGAGCCAAAACAUAUAUAAAGGAAGGAGAAGUAUCACACCUCCCUUUUUACCAGUCAGCCUCUUUGCCUUCAGUGUUACUAGAGAGUCUGUGACCCUGAGUAUGGUUUCUGUUGGUCUGUGCAAAGGCAGGAAGGAGACAAGAUUUUUCUGUUUACUCAUCUCAUGAUGUCACUUGAACGGCAUGUCUAGAUAUUUGACUCAGAAUUAAGAUAGGCUCAAGAAUUAGUCUCAGGUCACUUUACCCAAAAACAUUUGAAAAGCUGAACCACAAUUUCUUUAGAGUUUCUUUCCUGUAGAUUAUUGACCACACAUUGUUUUUUGGAGGCAUUUGUGCCAUUAGAUUUCCAUUUACCGUCUGUUUUUUCUUUUGGUGUUUGGGAUGUCUUAUUUUGUUGCUUAAUGUCUUUUUCCAUUUGAAAUGUUUGAGUUUGUAUAUAGUUUUGAAAUUGGAUUAUGUGUUCAUUAUUGUUUAGUUUGCUUUUUUGUCAAAUUAUGGUUUUGAAGGUUCAUUUGGAACUGUUAUUCUGUAACAGGGUUGCCCUUGUCCAGUAUUUAUUUAUAUGCUGUUUACUUUUCAAGUUGAUAAAAACAUUCUCUCAAUUUUAAAUUUCACUUGUGUCCAUAGGUGAUCUCUUUAGCAGCUGAGAAACAAAAAGGAAGAUACUUUGAACACACACAGUUCCCUAAAGGGACUUAGAUUUCUCUUUGGGCACUCUCCCAGCACUUUAGCAGUGAUUCCCCCACAUGGUUGCCGCUGUGCUCGGCCCACUCCAGUGCUCUUCAACUCUGCUGUCCUUUCAGCUCGUAGCUGGAUCUUUGAUUAUCCCUUGAUUUCAGUGGAAUGUUAAUAUUGAUGCCAGCAUAGCAGGUACAGUGGAAGUCUUGUAGCAGUGAGAUUGUGUCAUAAUUUAGGAUUUAAAAUGAAUUUCAGUUUCGGUAAACUGAUGGGAGUCCAUAUAUCAAACUCUUGGAAAAGUAAUAAUGUUCCAAUUUCCCAAACACUAGAGGAUAUAAGAGAAGGUAGGGUGGAAAUAAGGUUAGAUAACCUUGCAAAAUAUUUUAGCAUUUUCUCUAAUAUGAGGAAGUUAAGAUUAUGAUCUAGGUCUACCAGAUGUAAACAAGAUUAAUUUAGCAUGAAAAAGCUUCAGUCAGAGUGGAUCCAAGCUGUUCAGUUAAAAACCCUAAUCCUAGGACAAUAGAGUGGGACCAUUAUAAAGAAAAUUAAUUAUUAAAGGUGUCUUUAUAAUUUUCAGUGCCAUUGGUUUAUGUGCAUAGCAGAUUUUUCUUGUUUUCUUUUUCUUUUGAACUUGGUGCUUACUAAGUGUUCACUGUUCUUUUGAAAAGAGCAGUGGUAAAGAUGUGCAGUUUCCACGAUGAUACAGUUUUCAUUUGUAAUAUGUUGUUCCAUUUUUCCUUCCUUCGGAGUAGAAUGUUAAUCGUGCCAAAUUUACGUAAUGGUUUUGUGAUGUGGAGUAGGACUUACAGUGGAACCAGAGCACAGGGUGUUCUCUGAAAUAGCAGUCAAGGCAGGACAUUAGUCUCCAAAUGAAAGGGCUGAUCUAUUUAUUCAUUUUGGAGAUUGGAUACUUUAUUCUUUCUUUCCCACAUCCUUUUCAAUUUUUAAUCCAGAUUCUAAUUAGUUUUAUAUUUUUUAGGUAAUAAUCGUUACAGUUUAUGCUUUAAAUACUAUGUGCUUUAAAAUGAGCAUUGGACCAAUCGUCUGCUAAGAAUUUGAUUUUAGGUACUAUAUGAGUGUUAGGAAGAUAUUUACAAUUGGUGUUAAUUUCUAGGUGUUUUCUGGAAAUCACCUGUGUUCUUAUUAAAUAAAAUAAUUUAGAAUACUACUUGUCCUGUGCGGUAGUCUAGUGAUGGGCAUUAAGCUCUGUCCUGGAAGAAUGUACCUAUUACUAGGUAUACUUUAGAAUGAGCUAUUUUAUUGUCAUACAGUUGUGGCCAUGUGUCUCAGAUUUUCUGAGAAAGACCUAAUUUAGAUACUCUGUUCUCAGACCAUGUGAUCCCACUUUUGUUUUGAAAAUAUAAUCCUUGUUCAUGUUUCCCCCAAGAUAGAAUCCUUUCUUAUCCACACAGAUGAUUUAUCCCAGACCAGGGUCGGAAACUGAUAUGGGUGAUUAACUGUGUAUUUUCUUAGUGUAUUUUAUUUCCCAGUUUCAUUUUCUUUAAAACAAUGAAAAUAUGGUGCCUUCCCUCCCUCCAGGAAGAUUGGCAAAUAGUUCCUUUUAUUUACUGCUACUGUGGAGUGAUGAGACAUGCACUUUACUCUUGAAGACUCAGCAAAAAGCUUUUCACUUCUCAGUAUAUCCAGAAUAGAUCACAUUUGGGACUUAAGAAAAUUUGCCAAGCAAUCUUUGUUUUUGUAGCUGUUAAUGCUGACCACCCCCACCCCAGUUCAAUGUUACAAGUCAAGCUAGUGUUUAUCUCCCCACCCCAUUUCCCCCAAAUUUGUGGCACAGCGUAUAAAAAUGUACCUCAAUAAUGUUCUAUUAAAAAUGGGACAGGGGCCUUAUGUUUUCAUAAUUUCCCAACAAUGUGCCACCAUAUUUUUGCCUCAAGGUAAAGGUUUUAACAAGCUAAUAAAAAGUACUUCCCGGUUCCCCUUGUGCUGUUCCUAACCCCAAAUGCCCAAGUGUUGUGCAAUGUGUAGCGUGUGCGUGUAAACAUAUGUCUUCUUGAAAUAGACAUACCAUCAGAGACAUCAUUCAGAAGUAACCGAUGUACUGGCAUCUCAUUCAUAUUCUGAUAUGUGAGGUAUAUGGUACUAAUUACCUUUCCCUUGAUACUUGCCAAAUUUGAAUAAAGGCAUUGGUACGAAAUUA